CGGUGACCGCGUGACUUGGGCACCUGUGAUGAACUGUGCCCCGGCCGCUGCCGCAUCAUAUCGACAAAAAUGAUAAUAGAGCAGUGAAUUAUACAGAAAACUUCUUCGCAAGAGACAGAGGGGUGUAUAUUUCUGACGGCCAGAUUGAAGGAUUGGAGAGAGAUUGCCGUGUGAUACCAGUGGAAUGAUCAGGGCUUUCAGCCAACAGAUACAUCACAUGGCUGGAAACGGGAGGUCUCUGGAGAACAUUCUCCGUCCAUUCGACACGAGGAUCCACCCAUUGCCGAUAAGAGUUCCAUCACAUAUCGUCAGGGCGAGCGUUCUAAUCCCCCUCUUCUGGAAAAAUGAUGAAUGGCACGUGCUUCUAACAGUUCGUGCCUCAGGACUCAGAACACACUCGGGCCUUGUGGCAUUUCCUGGGGGCAAGCAGGACGAUGCCGACGAAAAUGAAAUCACAACAGCUCUUCGAGAAUCGAAGGAGGAAAUUGGGUUAAAUCCAGAGGAUGUCCAAGUAUUGGCUGUUUUGCCGCCAUCUUUGGCUGGGGAAAACAUGCUGGUAACUCCAGUGGCUUCCAUUAUUCCGAACGACUUUGUACCCAAGAUCAAUGUGGAAGAAGUUCGGAAGGUUUUUGAUUUACCGCUAUCGCGCUUCAUGAGAGAAGAUUACACGAUGACUAAGACUAAAUAUCAGGGCGGAUACAUUUGUAUUUAUCAUUUUAUAGACUAUAUUGACGAGGAAUCUAUUAAGACUUGGGGCUACACAGCUACCGUAGCCAUGAGGGUCGCCAUGGUGAUAUUGGCCUCUGAUGUCAGACGUGAAUUGAAGGAUGGGUUUUUCAUCACAAAGGAAAAUUCUCUGUCCUCUCUGUCCCAGUCGGACACAUUAAAACGACUUACUAUGAUGAAGGACACACCCAAUAAACUGUAAAGUGUGUGCCUAGGACACUAUCAAUAACAUUGAAUGCCUCUGUCUGCCGAUGUUACCACAAAGACGUAUAUACUGAUAAUCUGAAGAGACAGUAUUUUGCAGUGGGAAUCUUCUGACAAAUAUUAUGCAUUGUGUUAACUUUUUAAGUCGAAGGCCAAUUUGUUUUUUCCUUACAUAAUCAGAUGAACAGUACAUCGGAGUCGCUUGAGUGUUUGACAUCAGUAUUUUCAUUGAAGUGGAUUGUCAAGCGUCACAUUAACAAAUAUAUAAAUGGCGGCAUGAAAAAAAAUCACCUGAAUUACAUGCUCUACACGUAACCUGAUUUGUUUGAUAUAAUGAACAUGCAACACAAAUAAACGUGUAGAAUGGCAUUUAAAUGAUAUUAUUUUAAUACUCCUCCAUGUUUUUACUGCCAAGGGAUGUUUUAUAGUGCCCAUUAUUGUUUGCACGUACAAUGAAUUUAAUAAAUCAGCCAAAAAUA